UGGUGUAGCAUUACACAUUUGUCAACACACGGCGGCACACACAUUCACGCACUCACCAAUAGUAGGGCUACAUUGUUACAAUCCACCCAUUUCCUGUAACAAUCUACUUUCAUGUGGCGCACGGAGCGGUCAUUGCUUUUGACGCUUUGCAGUGGAGUUCACCUGCUACCUGGACACUGACGGCUGCAGGGAGCUAGAGAGCAAACAUGAGAGGGGUCCACCGUAAACUGUCAAGAGGUUGACAGAGAUGGGUUGCUGAAAGCGGGGGGCGCUGAUUUGGGAAUCCCGGGGAGCAGGAAGCGCCCAUCACCAUGACCGUCUUUAAACAGGAAAAUGUAGAGGAACAGUACGAAAUUGGAGAAGAGCUUGGAAGCGGUCAGUUUGCGGUGGUGAGGAAAUGCCGCAGGAGGAGCACGGGCUCGGAGUAUGCCGCCAAAUUCAUCAAGAAGCGGCGCAGCAAGUCCAGCCGCCGCGGGGUCUCCAAGGACGACAUCGAGCGCGAAGUUGGCAUCCUCAAGGAGAUCCAGCACACCAACGUCAUCACACUGCACGACGUCUUCGAGAACAAGUCUGAUGUCAUCCUCAUCCUGGAGCUUGUCGCCGGCGGAGAGCUCUUUGACUUCCUGGCUGAGAAGGAGUCACUGACAGAGGAGGAGGCCACCGAGUUCCUCAAGCAGAUCCUGGACGGGGUCCUCUACCUGCACGCCAAACGCAUUGCCCACUUUGACCUGAAGCCGGAGAACAUCAUGCUGCUGAACCGUUCGGCACCACACCCGCGCAUUAAGCUCAUUGACUUUGGUCUGGCCCACAAGAUUGAUUUUGGCAACGAAUUCAAAAACAUUUUCGGAACUCCGGAGUUUGUAGCUCCAGAAGUGGUGAACUACGAGCCCCUUGGCCUGGAGGCAGACAUGUGGAGUGUCGGCGUGAUAACUUACAUACUUCUGAGUGGUGCAUCGCCAUUCCUCGGAGACAACAAACAGGAGACCCUGGCCAACGUGUCUGCGGUGGACUAUGAGUUCGACGAGGAGUACUUCAGCAACACCAGUACCCUGGCCAAAGACUUCAUCAAUAGGCUGCUGAUCAAAGAUCCCAAAAAAAGAAUGACGAUUCAGGACAGCCUUCAGCAUCCCUGGAUCAAGCCAAAGGACACACAACAGGCACUUAGCAGAAAGGAGUCUGCAGUGAAUAUGGAGAAGUUCAAGAAGUUUGCAGCCCGGAGAAAAUGGAAGCAAUCCGUGCGGCUCAUCUCACUGUGUAACCGUCUGUCGCGCUCCUUCCUGUCCAGAAGCAACAUCAGCGUGGCGCGCAGUGACGACACACUGGAUGAGGAAGACUCCUUUGUGAUGAAGGCUAUCAUUCAUGCCAUCAAUGAUGACAACGUGCCUGGCCUGCAGCACCUUCUGGGGUCCCUGACCAGCUAUGACAUCAACCAGCCCAACAAGCAUGGAACGCCCCCCUUAUUAAUUGCAGCCGGUUGCGGAAACAUCCAGAUCAUUGAUGUGCUGAUUAGAAAAGGAGCCGAGAUCCAGACUCUUGACAAGUCGGGGGCAAACGCUAUCUACUACGCAGCCAGGCAUGGCCACACGGAUACCUUGAAAUUCCUCCAUGAAAAGAGGUGCCCUCUGGACACCCAAGAUAAGUCAGGCGAGACAGCGCUGCACGUUGCUGCACGGUACGGAAACGUGGACGUGGUGCAGUACCUUUGCAGCAUCCAUGCCCACCCGGACCUGGUCGACAGGGAACAGGAAACGCCGUUGCACUGCGCGGCGUGGCACGGCUACUCGUCUGUGGCGCGCGCCCUCUGCGAGGCUGGCUGCAACGUUAACGCACGCAACCGCGAAGGCGAGAGCCCCCUGCUGACGGCCUCGGCCCGAGGCUUCAGGGACAUCGUGGACUGCCUGCUAGAGCACGGGGCCGACCUGGCCGCCACCGACAAGGAUAGUCACAGUGCGCUGCACCUGGCUGUGCGGAGGUGCCAGGUGGAGGUGGUGAGAUGCCUGCUUGCCCACCGCUGCCCCGCCGACCACCAGGAUCGCCAUGGUAACACCCCCAUCCACAUCGCCUGCAAGGAUGGCAACCUGCCCGUGACCAUGGCGAUCUGUGCUGCCAAGGCCAACCUGGACAUCCCCAACAAGUCCGGAAGAACCCCUCUGCACCUGGCGGCCAACAGCGGGGCUCUGGAGGUGGUGCGACACCUCUGCGUCACCGGGGCCAACACAGACGCUGUAACCAACGAUGGCAAGACAGCGGAGGACCUGGCCGGUGCCGAGGGUCACGAGCACAUCGCACUCCUGCUGAGCAAACUAAAGAAGGACAACCAUAAAGUGGGCUACAUCCAGCAGCUGCGGUCCUCGCAGACUGCGCAACCCAGGAUCAAGCUCAAGCUGUUCGGACAUUUGGGUGCCGGAAAGAGCACGCUGCUGGAGUCCCUCAAGUGCGGCAUCCUGCGGAGCUUCUUCAGGAGGCGGAGGCCCCGGCUCAGCAACACCGCCCGCCACCCCGCCUCCCCCAUCAACUCCAAACCUGCAGUCUCUGUGAGCAUAUCCAACCUGUACCCGGGCUGUGAGAAUGUGAGCGUGCGGAGCCGCAGCAUGAUGUUCGAGCCCAGCCUCACCAAAGGGGUGCUGGAGGUGUUCAGCCCCAUGCACAGCGCUCUGUCCUCGGCCGACGACCAGGCCACCAAGGCCAUCGACAUCCAGAACGGCAAUGUCAACGGAGUGGGGGAUUUCAGUGUGUGGGAAUUCUCUGGCAACCCGGUGUAUUACUGCUCGUACGACUACUUUGCGGCGAACGACAACACCGCCGUCCACCUGGUGCUCUUCAGUCUAGAGGAGCCGUACGAGACGCAGCUCAACCAGAUCACCUUCUGGCUCAACGUCCUCAAGGCCCUCACUGUGCCCGAGGAGAACAUAGUGUUCGGAGGGAAGAUCAAGGACCCCCUGCAGGUGGUGCUGGUGGCCACCCACGCCGAUAUAGUCAACCUGCCCCGCACCUUUGGGGGAGAGUUUGCCUACGACAAGGAGAGGUCACUGCUGAAGGAAGUCAGAAACAGGUUUGGGAAUGACUUGUGGAUAGCGGAGAAGCUCUUCAUCAUGGACUCAGGAGCCUCCAACUCCAAGGACAUGAAACUGCUGAGAAACCUGCUGCUCGAGUUACGCAAUAGCAUAAUCUCAGCCUGUGGUCCCAUGACACUGCUGUCUGAGAAGAUCCUGAUGGUGCUCCCCACAUGGAGGAAGCUGAACGGGCCCAACCAGCUCAUGUCCUGGCAGCAGUUUGUGCUGGACGUCCAAGAGCAGAUCAACCCGCUGGUCAGCGAGGAGGACCUGAGAAAGAUCGCCUCACAGCUGCACAGCAUGGGAGAGAUCAACAUCAUGCAGAGUGAGACCGUGCAGGACGUGGUGCUGCUGGACCCGCGCUGGCUCUGCAGCACGGUGCUGGGCCGCAUCCUCUCGGUGGAGAUGCCCAAGGCAAUCCACCACUACCGUGGGCGCUACCGUCUGGAGGAGCUGCAGGCCCUGGUGGCCGAGGGGGACGAUGCCGACGAGAUGUUACAGGUGCUGGACGCUAUGGACGUGUGCGCCCGCGACCUCAGCACCCAGGGGAUGGUGGACGUGCCGGCGCUGAUUCGCACCAGUGGCCUUCAGCGCUCCUGGACCGAAGAGGAAGACGAUGACGAGGAGGGCGGGGUGUGUGACGCGCUGGUGUAUGGAGGGGUAAGGCUCGUGCCCGCUGAGCACUUGGCGCCAUUCCCCUGUGGCCUCUUCCACAAGCUGCAGGUGAACCUGUGCCGCUGGAGCCGGCAGCAGCAGCAGAGGCCAGACGGAGAGGGAGGGGAAGCAGAAGCAGGCAGCUUCAAUGUCUGCGAUGAUGUCCGGCUUUGGACCAAUGGGGCUAAAGUGUCCCUGGAAAGUGUUGAGGCCAUGGUGCUGCUGGUCAACCAUGGGCAGGGCAUUGAAGUGCAAAUCCGGGGCCGAGAUUCGGAGCGGGCUCGAUGCUGUGCUCUGCUGGACACCAUCUGCAGUAUUGCAGAGGGCCUGCUGGCCACCACUCUGCCGGGCCUGCUGACGGUGAAGUAUUACCUGAGCCCCCAGCAGCUGCGUGAGCACCUCGGCCCAGUCAUGAUCUACCAGCCCAAAGACUUCUACAGAGCACAGGCGCAACGCGAGAGCUGGCUCACCAACACCAUGGGUGGUUACAAAGAGAGCUUCAGCAGCAUCUUGGCUUUCGGAUGCACGGACGUCCUCCGGCAGGGAAGCUUGGGGGCCAACGUGCACAUCUUGGACGUGUGCUUGCUGGCUCGUCGGAAGCUGUGCCGCAUGCUGGACCCACCCGAUGCACUCGGCAAAGACUGGUGCCUGCUAGCUAUGAACCUGGGCCUAAGCGAGCUAGUAGCUAAAUACAGUGGGGUCUCGUCCGGGAACGGUUCCAGUCCUACUGUUAGCAUGGCGAUGGCUAACGGUCUUCCUAAUGGAGCCUCUUCAUCCUCGCCACCGUCCCCUAGCCCCACCUCUGCGCUGCUGCAGGAGUGGGGUCGCAGGCCUGAAAGCACAGUGGGCGUCCUGAUGACCAAGCUGCGGGAGCUGGGUCGCCGUGACGCAGCUGACUUCCUGCUCAAGGGGGCGCCCGUGUUCAGGGUCAGCCCCGAAACGCUGGCCAUACCCAAUGGCUAUGGACCCGUCUGCAACGGUGGCGGAACCUCUUACAACUCCAUCAGCUCCGUCAUAUCACGGUAGAGAGAUGGAGGAAAGGAGUGUGACGGAGAAAAGUCGGAGCAAAAUGUGCAAUUAAAAUGGAGCAGGAUAGGGACUUCUUAAGGCCUCCAUCAUCCUGGCUCUCUUAUAAAUGAAGGAAUGAGUAUGUGAAGACUCUCCAUGCUUUGUAUUCAUUCAAACUGCUGCCCUUACUGUUUUUAAAUGUUUGUUGGCUAACACAUCUCAUAGAGAGGAUGUGCACAUCUGUUGAUCCCCUCUAUUCUUGUCAUUUCUAUCAAUAUAUUCAUCUCAUCAAGUUAUAUUUCUAAAUAUACUUUUAAAACUAUAAAAAGCAAAAAAAAAAACUUUAACUGUAUUCCCAAAGGAUUUCUGACAAGCUCAAUUUAUCCCAUACAUUUUAAAAAUGAACUUUAUUUUCACAAUUUACCUUCUUGUAAGUGUGUACUAAUAAUAAAAACGAUGGCAAAUGAAAUGCUUGAGAGCACUAGCCGAGGCUAGAUGAGAUGUGAAAUAGAAUGACAUUUGAGUGCCUUUUCAAUGGCAAGCUGUUGUCAAAGGACCACCUUUUUAGACUACGAAUUGGACCCACCCUCUACCUCCACAAAACAGCUAGCUAUUUGUAUUACUCUGCAUAGAAUGGCUGUUACUUGUGCCCAUGCAACAAAACCUCAUUACUAGUUUAUCUCUAUAACAAGAGAAUUAGCCCAGGUGACACACUUAGCUGUGUUUGCAGAAGUGCUAUCAGAAGCCAAGAGAGUUAAAGAUCUGUGACACAUCAUGAUCCAUAAUGAUCCAUAAUGUUAUUGUACAGGAAUCCAGUUCUGGAAUCAGAAUGUUGGCCCUGUAUAAAUGUGCUCUCAUGCUCAGCUAGCUCGGAAAGAAACUCAGAAGCUGAUAGAUGUGGAGAGGAAAACUAUUCUGUUCUGUAAAAAACAAUUAGCUGUUGAACAUGAAGUAAACAAUAUCUGUUUCUCCCGGGACUGAGAGACAACUGGGCCAGACUGUUACCGCGUUUCUCUCUGGCAGAGUAGUGAGGGUAACAUCAUAAGCACAUCCCAGUUAUAGCACAGGGCGUGACAAAACAUAAAGGGCAGAAAUCAACACUUGCCAUCUUGCAUCUCUGUGCGUUUGAACACCUCAAAGAAAUGUACUCAGCUAUCUCUAGAAAAAAAAAGAGUUUUCGUGACUCAGGAGAGCUCAACAGUACAGUGAUAUCAUGUGAUGUGAGCAGGUCAUGCUCAGGCUUAAGUGUCAGCAAGGCAUUGCCACAUUUACUGAUGCGUCAGAGCAUGCAAGUAGCUCAUCCCAGUGUGAGCCUGGGCGUUCCUCAAUGAUUGAUCCUUGAUUCCUGUUAGAACAUCAAAUAUUAAUGAAAUGCUCCAGUGACUGCAUUUCCCUGGAUCAGUGUUUUUGCAAAGUGAUUCGAGUGGCUUUUGGACUUGCUAACUAUUCAACAGUUUAUGCUCACGUGCCUACUCUUGUCCUUCACCACAACUGGACUCUUACCAGAAAAAUGAAGCCAUUCUGUCACCAAGAAAACAUGAAACUUUCCAUUGACUUGGGUGUCUAAAGAAGCAUGUUCUGAAUAACAUCUAGCUAUUUUCUCAGAAAUUUUAAAGGGGUAGUUUGUACUUUUGAUUGUUGAAAAAAUUAUGAAACUGCUUCUAUACCAACAAUAAUGAUGUAAAGCCAUGUGCCAGCCAGAUGAAGUUUUCAGGUCCAGAAGACAAAUUAAUUAAAACCGCUGAAAUAAACGAUUAAGAGGAUUAGUAAAGAUUAUCUAUUUACUGUUCCCUCGGAAUAACGUAAUUAUCGUGGGUUUAGAGGGAUUAUUGUUCUUUUACAACAAAAACUUCAAAAGGUUGUCCAUGGUAGAAAUAGCUGUUGCAUCUCUUUCAGGACUCAACAGCUAACAAACCUUUGUGUCUGUGUUUGUGUUUUUUUGCGAUGGGACAUAAACCAAACUAAGCCCUUUUUAUAUUGAGAGCAUGAGAAUUAGAGCAGCGUUCAGAUGUUGUCAUAUAUUUAAGGAAGUAGCGGAGAGUGAUACUGUUGUGUGCACGGAUCAAAUGGACAUCCGUCGGUUACAUGCAAGAUGGGGGUUGUGGAGAGGGGAUCCAUAGCAGAUCCAUAGUCAGAGGAAACGGUUUCCUGAAGUUUCCAGGGGAGAAUGAUCCUUCAGCUUAUUGUUCAGUGACUAACUUGUGGCCUUCUCCAGUUGUUUCACCUCUCCAUGAUCCUCUGCACAGUGCUCCGUGAAGCCCAGAUCCUCCCAUCAUUCCAUAUGAGUAGUCUUAAUGAAAAUGUAUAAAUUGAAUGUACUUCAGCCGAAGAUUCGGACAGUUGGACUGAGCCGCAAAAAGAACUUGGCAAAACCCAAAUGCCACGAGUUCUUGUCAUAAAGAACGUUUAACCAGGUGGAGGUUGGUUGUGAAGAUUAACCUGAAAGUAACCCAUGAAUUUGGGUAGCUCUACAGAGGGAGGCCACUGUCCAUCUGGUUGACCUGCAGCCAAGCUGGGGAAAAAAAAGAUGUAUCUUAAAGGGAACUAAACGAAUGGUGUUUUCUCAUUCCAAAAGGCACAUUUUUGUAUUGUGAUUGAGUAUACAUGUUAUUACUGAGCUUUCUUGCUUCGUGUCUGGUUUCCCCCCCCCCCUCUUUGUCCAGCCGUGGUUCUCUCACUGUUUCCCCUUGCGAGGCUCAUAUGCCAUAUGAUGUCCUUUUUAGGGAAAAGAGGGCAUUGUAUUUGAAAAGUCUUUGUACAGUCAUCUCUUUGCACAUGACCUUUUGUUCUAUUUAUAUUAUGUUCUUAAAGCAUGUCUCAGAAUGUCAUUUCCUUAAUACUUCCUUACGUGUAGUACAUUUUUAUAAUAAAUUCUUUACAUCA